CAUGUUGGGAACAUUAGAAGGGAACCAACAGUACAACCAGAAGGACGGGAACAUCUAGGUUCGGCAGCGGCGUGUCUUAACACCUAACACCACCACCAUGGCUGACCCGGAAAAACAGCCCGAACAACCCAAGGCUGUCCAGCAAAAGCUGGUCAUCGCUGUCAAAGUGACCGGGACUGUGAAGUGGUUCAACGUGAAGAGUGGCUACGGAUUCAUCAACAGGAAUGACACCAAGGAGGAUGUGUUUGUCCAUCAGUCGGCCAUUGUGAAGAACAAUCCGAAGAAGGCCGUGCGAAGCGUUGGCGACGGAGAGGUCGUCGAGUUUGACGUAGUAAUCGGCGAAAAAGGAAAUGAAGCUGCCAAUGUAACGGGACCCGAUGGCGAAGCGGUUAAGGGUUCGCCCUAUGCAGCUGACAAGCGUCGUGGGUAUCGCCAGUGGUUCUACCCGAGACGUGGUAACGCACGUCCCCAGCGUAGACCCCGCGAAGGCCAGGAAGGUUACGAGUCUGGCGAGGGUAAACCUGGCGAGGACGCGAGUGCCGGCGAAGGCGGUGGCCAGCAGCGACGUUACAGGCCGAAACGUCACUACGACGGAUACUAUCGAGGAUCCCGUCGGUCGGGUCCGACCCCUCAGCAGGGUGAAAAUGGUGGCGAGGGUGGCGAACAGGGCGUCGAGGGUACUGGCGAGGGAGGCGCUCCCCGUGGAAGCCGUGGAGGACGCGGUGGACCACCCCGUCGCUUUUUCCGUCGUAACUUCCGCGGAGGAAGGGGCGGUGGACCUCCCAGGCGCCCCCGCAGUCAGGAUGGUCAGGUGAGUGAGGAGGAAGAGGGUGCCGGUGAAGGAGGUCAGAUUGGUGGACAAAGACCUCAGCGACUUCGAUACAGACGUCGCGUAUCCCGACAAGCCCGUCCCAGUAACCUACAAACCGCCAAUAAAGAAAAUGUCCAGCCCGCCAUUACAAACAAACGCGAGCCUCCUCAAGCACAAGUUUCCAAGUCCCUUACCGAGUCCAUUGAUAAGGUCGUCAAGGAGAGCCAACCGGUGCAGAAUACCACUACCGAGAGCACUGCUUAACAAGAAUAUACGCCACCACUAAGCACUCUUAUAACACCAACACCCGUUAUACAUUGAAAAGCAGCGGCAGCAGCAAGCAGCAACAACAUAUUAAAACAAUUAUUAAAAAAUCCAAAAAAAAAUCUACAAGAAAAGGAAAACAGCAAACAAACACUACUCCACGCUCCCCACGAAAAGCAAAUAUUAAGUAUUAACAAACACCCAAGCAUUAGAUGAGCGCCAAGUACAGUUUGGCGAGCGCUAUAUCUCAGAGUUAACAAGACAACAUUUUGGAUAAGGAGGCCAAAAAAUCCUUGCGAACAGUUACUUUCGUUUUGUAUUCUACCUAACCACCAAACUUUUGUGUCAAGGCUCAACCAAGGUUCGUCAAACUUAGGUCAAGCAUAUUUCGUGGUGUCGAUCACAAUAGCGGCGGUACAACUUAUUUUCCAGUAAACAAAUUUAGUGUUGAAGGUGAACAGUAAUGCGAUUAAGUCUGUGAAUGCACAGAGAAAAAUCAAUUGUAUAAUUUACUAGCUGAGAGACGAGUUUUCAUUAAAAAAAAAAAAAAAUAAAUCGCGCAUGGGACGCAGUACGCGUGACGCGCAUUGGAUGACCAUGAUUAGAUUGACUGUACUUCCAGAGAAACUAUUCAAAAUUCGAACAAAUUAAGAAUCGUAUAAAAUUGAACACUGAGAGUAGCCGAGACGAUACUAAAAUGUUUUAUAAUUGAUAAAUGCGUAGGCGUGAGCGUUUACUAACACAAUCGGCGAAAUUGCAAAAGAACUUUUGAAAGAAGAUAAUUUUUGUUCUUGUUUUUCGAAUUCUUUGUUUCAAGCGUUUUCUUAACUUUAUUUUCCAUCAAAGAACGUGUAUUGAACCUAAGUUCCGUAUGCGAUACUUUAGUUUGAUAAGAUUCUACUAAUCUCCUUUUCGAUUCUUUUCGUGACUAUCCAAAUGGAACAAUGAGAAAUUACCAUAAUAAGUAAACACUGGUUUUCAAUUUUGCUCCCUUAUGUUACUUUAAUAAUCAGGGAUCUACUAAGAAAUUUCAUAAUCAACAUGAAUAAUUUCUGUGUUCCAAUGGAAUGUCCGAAUAGAUCGAGACAGUGAGAGAGGAGAGAGAGAGAGAAAUGAGAGAGAGAGAUAAAGACGAGAAUACCGAUAUAACACUCACUAGCUGACUUUUCGUUGCGAACGUAAUCUUUAUUGUGAUGAUUUGUUGUAUACGAUUGAACUUGAUCACGUUUUUACGAUUGAUUAUUACCAAUAAUAUUGUUAACCCCUGGUGGGUCGCAUUUGACAAAUGUGUACUAAUUAUUCAAUUUAGACUUACGGACUUAGUUAGCUGGCAGGUAAUCGGAUUUGGGAGGAGCGACUUGUGAUCAUUAAGCUGAGCUCAUCAAAACUUGAGAUCGUUUGGCGAUUUCAAGUCGCAUCUUUCAGCUCGUCUGGAAAAACAAUUUUUGACAGAUCGUCGCUGAUCUGUUCAUUUAAAUCGCCAAUUCGGUGGCGGAAGAGGGAGAACAAGAGCAAACAGAAUUUGCGGAUAAAUUUGCAUGAUCUAGAAAAACCUUUUUUUUUUAAUUUUAGUUUGUAGCACACAGAGAUAAAAUAAAGUGUACAAUUAAUUUCUA